CAGACGUUCAUCGAAGGAGGAGGAGGAAUAGUCUCGUGGUUCCCAUCCUUUCCAGAAAUUCAACAAUGUCGAGCAAGCUGUGUAAGCUUUUUGUGGGGGGACUCAAUGUGGAAACCACGAACGGUGGCCUCCGUUCGUACUUCGAGCAGUACGGGACGCUGACCGACUGCGCCGUGGUCAUGAACCAGCAGCUCGGGCGCUCCCGCUGCUUCGGCUUCAUCACCUACUCGACACCGGAGGAGGCCGACUCGGCAAUGGCUGCUAAGCCACAUGUGGUCGAUGGCAACAACGUGGAGCUGAAACGGGCCAUAGCGCGGGAGGACGCCAACAACCCGGACAUUCUUGCUAACGUGAAGAAAAUCUUUGUCGGCGGCGUGAAAGACCACAUCGAGGAGGGGAAUCUGACGGAGUAUUUCUCGCAGUUCGGCGUGGUGGAGAAGGCAGAAAUCAUGACCGACAAGCAGGGCAGGAGGAGAGGCUUCGGUUUUGUCUACUUCGACGACACCGACUCCGCCACCAAAGCGGUGCUCGACAAAUACCACACCAUCGAAGGGAGCAAGGUGGAGGUAAAGAAGGCUCUCACUAAGCAGGAAAUGUCCGGUGGAGGAGGCCGCGGUGGAGGAAGGGGCCGAGGCAGGGGAAUGCCGAGCUACGGUGGCGGGAGAGGAGGUGGCGGCUAUGGAGGCGGCUACGGAGGCGGCUAUGAAGGUGGCUACGGCUAUGGCGGCGGCUACUACGGAGAUGGAAGCGGCGGCGAUGGAGGCGGCGGCGGCUACGGUGGUUACGGGGGAUACAACGGGUUCGACAACCAAAUGGGAGGCGGGUACAGCAACGGUGACUUUGGGGAGAGCUACGGACAGCAGCAGUCAAGCUUUGGCGCGAUGAAAGGGGAUAAUUAUUCGUACAGGAGCGCGGCUCCAUACAGAGGCAGGGGUGGGGGAUUCGGCGGGGGCUAUUAGUGGCACCGUGAAAGCUAAAAGAAAAAAAAUGUAAUUAUGUAGACAUGACGUAAAACAUAAUCUACAUCCUCACAGUCCAGGGUCUUUUGUUGAUUUACAGAUGUUCCUACCACCCACUGAAUGAAUGAAUGAGCCCCUCUGUGUUCACUUCAAAUUGACUCUACAGCUGAUUUCUCGAACUGUAUGUUGUGUUGGUUGAUCUCUUUAUUGUAUCAUUUGUGAAGUUGUAAUCUUCAACCUCUGCUUCUUUUUUUGCAAACCAGAUGUGAUUAUUUUUGUAUCAUGAGCUCAGGGUUACAGUUAAAGAUGGUGGCAGUGUUUCAUUGUCAGCAUGAUGCUUGAUCGCUUGAGUUUCUUGAUUUUUAUUGAAAAUGUUUUUUGUGACUUGCAGGUUUUCAGAGAAACGUCACAGUUUGUUCACUGUAUGUUACUGUGUUAGAGUUUCUUUGCCGUCCCAUUGUAGGCUUCUUAGGUCACAAUUGUUUAGGUAAUUUGUUUCCCUUUGAAGUUCUUUUAUUAUUAAAUCUUUUUAAUGUUUUGAACAUCUA